AUGGAUCCAGAUCAACCAGUCCCCUCGUCGGAACCUCCCCCUCCGUCCUCGACAACGGAGAACCCAGUCGUAGCAAUUGGGAGGAAGGUCAAGUCGGCUUUGAGUACGCAACAACAACCAAGUAUUCGCAUAUUACGCGCAUCUUCGUCCACGCGAGAAUCACGUCCAUCCCCCUUAUCUAGUGGGGUCGCAGAGAAACCUUUGCCCGAGCUGCCACAAUCGAAUGAAAACGCGUCUACCAAUCGCUUUUCCAACGCGGCAAAUCGUGCCAGCGCGGCAGUCCGAUCAGUGUUCAAUCGUGGAGAAGAUGUCACCGAUGAUGGGAUUGAGAAGAACGAAUACGACACCGACACGGUUGACUUGAUGGAUGUUGUAGGCAUGUCUCGCCCGUCCAACCCAGAAGUAUCUACACUUUCUACCCUUACCAAUGUCCAGAACUCACUUUUCGUACCUUCCCUCGGAAAAAUCAUCAAUCGUCGGGCUACAUACAAAGUUUCCGAGGAACCUAGUGACGUACGCUUGAUUGACAAACUCAAAGCUUCGUUAAAGCGCUUGAAACUUGCUGUGAAGGAGGAGAAAGGAGAAACCUCACCGCUAAGCAAUGCACAAUACGCUGUCUUGCCAGAUGGAGAAACACUCCAGGGCUGGACAAAGGAGAACAAGGAAGAGCUAGAUGACAUUGUUAGACAUAUGCUUCAUUCUCGACGAGCACGAUUCAAGCGGUCUAUGAAGGGUUUUUGGCAGUAUAUACACCGACCUCUUGGAUUGUUUGUAACGGUUUAUGCGACUUUAAUCACACUCUUCGGCGCGGCUUGGGUACUUUUCCUCAUCGGCUGGAUUUCGAUAGGUUCCAAGCGAUCCUAUGUUAUCAAUAUCGUCGAUAAUGUCCUCGUUGCCCUCUUCGCCAUUAUUGGUGAUGGUCUUGCCCCUUUUCGUGCAGUUGACACCUACCACAUGAUAUACAUAGCGCAUUACCACCGCAAGACUUGGAAGAGGAGAGACCAACUUGGUCUUCCAGAAUUAGUAGAUCAUAAUGAUCUGCCUGAACAGCGAGAGGGAGAAGCUGAGCCAGCCGGAGUUGACCUCGAAAGUUUAAUUGCUCGAAAGAUGCCUCGCGGCCUCGCCCGGAGAAUUGCUCCUAAGAUCCUAAACAAGCUUGCUCAGAGAAUGAUCGCUCGUAACGAGUCUCCACACCCAUCACAAGAAUACUCCGUCUUGAGUGAAGAAGAGUUAGCUAAGCUCGAAUAUCACGAGAGGAAAUUCUCAAAAAGCCACACUUUCUACAAACCGCACGAGACAGAAACACACUUCGCCUUCCCACUGAAGCUCCUCAUAGCCGUCGUCGUCUUACUCGAUUGCCAUUCUGCGCUGCAGAUUACUCUUGGCGCAUGCACAUGGGGCAUCUCCUACCAUACAAGACCUUUUGCCCUUACUACCGUGGUACUGUGCUUUAGUAUCACCUGCAAUAUCAUGGGUGGCGUGCUCAUCUCUAUAGGUGACAAAAGAACACGCAAGAAGGAUGUUAUUGAGCGAAUGAUGCGUGAAGAGCUUACUUUAGAAGCCAAAGAGCAGAUGGAAACACGGUGGAUGAAAGAAGCAGAAGAACGAGGAGAGGUUGAUCCUGCCGUAAGGAAGAGAUUGAAGGAGGAGAAAGAAGAGGCAGAGAACGAGGAAAUCAAAAAUUCUUGGAAGGUUGUCCCGUCGCUGCCGAAGACGUUGCUGGGGAAGGGUGUGGAUCACAGACAACCAUCGUUGCCGCAAAAGGACAGGUCUAGUUUGAGCGUUGAUUCUACGACUGCUAAGUCUUCUACAACGAGGAAGCCUCCCCCCAAAGGAAGUACAGGGUUACCAUCUCUGCAGGAAGAUCCGGCGCAGGUGUCACGUCCAAAACCAACAGCGAGAAGUGGUGAGGAACCAGCAGACGAAGGGAUAGGACCAAAGGUUAUGAGAUUCAUCAGGAGAGCUGACAUGGAUAAGAGUUGA